ACGCCUACUCUGAAGUGCGCAAUAACGCAAUUAGCCUUUGCACUCCUAAACUACGUAUUUUGGCAAAGGGUAAAGUCUACAAAACUUAGUCCACUAUGUCCGUAAUAGUUUUAUAGUCUGGAUAACAGAAAGUUGUAUUGAGAUUAAAUGUUGCAUCGAUGAGAACAUUUUCAGACUGUCGGCUAAAAUCCAUCUAAUUUCAUCUUCUCCCACUGCCGACCUCUUUGCUUCCUCCGGAAACGCCAAGUGGAUGCUCCAGAUUUAUACAUUCGGCGAAAUAGAACAAUGAAACAGAUAUCUGUCCUUCUAGUAGUCUUUUCCAUGACAUGCCAUCUACUUCCUAUUUUCACUUGCAAGGGGGCGCAGUCGUUUUCAAAGCGUCGAAUUGACGUGUGUGAUUGCGGAGUUGCGUAGAGUUUGCAAAUGGAGGAGGAAAUAACUGUUUUUCUCGGAACAACUGCAGGUGGAGAAAACAAAAAUGUCUGAGGCUCUUUAUGAAAAGUUCCUCUCUCCAGAGGAGCCCUUUCCACGGCUGCUGUCUCAGCGAGGGAACAUCAGUGAGACGGGCACAUUGGAUGUCAGUGACUUUGGCUGUCAGUUAUCCUCUUGUCACCGGACAGACCAACUGCGCCGCUUACAUAGUAACAGAUGGAACCUGACGUCUUGUGGAACCAGUGUGGCCAGCUCUGAAUGCAGUGAGGAGCUGUUCUCCUCUGUCUCUGUGGGAGACCAGGAGGACUGCUACUCCCUUUUGGAUGACCAGGAGUUCACCUCCUUUGACCUGUUCCCGGAGGGCAGCGUCUGCAGCGACGUGUCUUCCUCUAUCAGCACUUACUGGGACUGGUCAGACAGCGAAUUUGAGUGGCAGUUGCCUGGAAGUGACAUAACCAGUGGAAGUGAUGUACUCUCUGACAUCAUACCCAGUGUUCCGAGCUCCCCAUGCCUCUCCUCCAAGAGAAAGACCAAACCACAUAGAAAUCUGGAUGAGCUCCCUUGGAGUGCUAUGACCAAUGAUGAACAGGUGGAAUAUAUUGAAUAUCUAAGCAGAAAGGUCAGCACAGAGAUGGGGCUACGAGAGCAGUUGGACAUCAUCAAGAUCAUUGACCCGUGUGCACAGAUAUCCCCCACAGACAGCGAGUUCAUCAUUGAGCUCAACUGCCUGACGGAUGAGAAACUGAAACAGGUGAGGAACUACAUCCGGGAGCACAGUCCGCGGCAGCGCCCCAGCAGCACCCGAGACAGCUGGAAGAGGAGUGGCCACAGCAGUGCUAGCACUAGUGGGGUGAGCAGCAGUAAUGCUAGCUUGGUCAGCAGUGCCAGCAGCUCCACCGGAUCCACAGGCUCCACCGGCAACUCCACGUCCAACUGCAGCACAGCUAACAUCAGCCGUGCCCACAGCGACGGGAACCUGUCCAGUGCAGCUGAACGCAUCCGGGACUCCAAGAAACGCUCUAAGCAGAGGAAGCUGCAGCAGAAAGCCCUGCGUAAGAGACAGCUGAAGGAACAGAGACAGGCCCGCAAGGAGAGGCUGAGUGGCCUGUUCCUCAAUGAAGAGGUGCUGUCACUCAAAGUCACAGAGGAGGAGGACCAUGGAGAAGAUGUGGUGGAUGUCUUCAUGUGACAAGAAUGAAUGAGUCAGUGUUCCCUCUAAGCCUCACAAUAACGUCCUCCGCUAACAUCACAGCUGGUCCCACAUCCUAGAGCCCCAUUCACAUUGAAGCAAAGCCGCCCUUUUGGGACCAUUCUUGAGUUCUAGUUUAUAUCCUUAGAAUUGGACACCUGCACAGAAUUAUUAUUUUUAAAUGAAGCACCUUGUUUUGAAGAAUCUAGUUCUUUUUUUUGUUCUUUAAAAAAAAAAAGUUUUAUUGUCUUAAUCUAUAAACAUUGGUAGUAUGAUCCUGCUGAGGCAAAGCACUGAGCACUAAUAUUGAAUGAGUAUUCAAGUAAGACUACCAAAUGUAUCUUAAGAUGAGGUUAACUUCCUAAUUCUGUGGUUCAUUUAAUGUUGAAGGCAUAGAUGGAACACUGAGUCACUGCAUGGGAAGUGGUAACUCAAUGCCAACAGUGAUAAGUGCUUAAAAACAGCUUUUUAAAAAUAUUUUUUUAUAAAUGCGGUUAAUCAUAAAGAACAGUUUUUGCAUCAAGUCUUCCCUUUAAGUUAAAAUAUGAAGGCUUACACAUUCAUAAAUGCAACAUGGUAACACAGUGUUCACCGCUAACAAAUCUUUAGUUUUUUUUUCUUGUGUUUUGUGCAUGCGGGCUAGGGUUGAGCAUGACAUGUAAAAUAAUGCAGAUAUCCAUUGCAUUGCAUUGCACACAGGAGAUAUUUUUAUGUUGCCGAAUGACAUAACUUCAGUAUGACUAUAUUGUCUUUGAAUGGGAAGGUAUUUCAUGAUGUCUUGGCUUACUCUCCUUGGCUACUGAUCCUGUCCUGUAGAACUCAUUACUCUUUCCACUUCAACAGUUAACACUAACUGCUGUACAUUAGAACAUGUAUUUACCUUAAGAAGCUUUACUUCGCUUUGUCUUUUUCCUGUAUAAAGUUACGCAUUAAAGUAAUUCUGAAAACAAUAUAAUAGAUCAACUAGAUAUUGUGAGUAGAUCUUUAUUUUGAAUGAAAGCGAUGAAUUGCCAUAAAACAACUAUUUCUGUGUAUAUUGUACCAUUCAUUCCAGGGAGGAAAGUUCAACGGACCAAGAUGGAACGUUUUCGUUGGUUCUUUUUUGGAAGUCCAAUUAUAAAUUGUAUAUACCACAACCAUGUAUUACUGACCUGACUGCGGUGUUGGAAAUAGUGUUGCAGAACAGACGCAAACCAGAACUGUUUCUGUGUGAUGUACUCAAUAGUAAUGUAACACAUAAUGAGAAAUACAUUUACAUCGACGCAUCAUA